AUGUACAAUCUACUCAUCCGACAGCUCCUCCUCUCCCUCCUCCUCUUCCCAUAUGCCGCUCUCUCCGACCGACCGCCAGGCAAAGACGCCAUCCUCCUCUCGCGCGUCCGGUCACUCACUCUCCGCGGAAACCGUCUCACCACCUCCAGACGAGUAUCUCCAAUCCCGCAGCUAAAAUGCACCGGCCCAUCCAAGCGCAUCUGCAAUAUGUACGAGAUCGACACGAUGCGAUGCACAAACGAAGGCUACGACUACGACGAAGAAGACGUCCAAUGGACCUGCACUGCGUCGCUCCCACAGGAAUUCAAGCUCGGAGCUACAGACGUAAUCUGUGAAGGUUACCGGAAUGCCGACGACAAGUGGGUAUUGAAAGGGAGCUGCGGAGUCCAGUAUCGCCUACUGUUGACGGAAGCGGGAGAGGAGAAGUUUGGACACCUGCGCAAUGAGAGAUCGAGCUCUUCGAAUGAUGAGCUUGGCCCCGUAGGCAAAGUGAUCUUCUUUGGGUUUAUGAUUGCGGUUUUUGUGUUCAUUUUGGCGGCAUUCAUCAACGAGUGCUGUGGGUCGGGGGCGAAUCGGCCACAGCGACGACGCCAUGGUGGUGGUGGGGGAGGAGGAGGUGGUGGUUAUGGGGAUGAUGGGCCUCCGCCUCCGUACUCAGCCUCGCCGCCUCCUUAUACUCCUUCUUCAGACCCUAGCGAGCGUUGGAGACCUGGGUUUUGGACGGGUGCCAUGAGUGGUGGGGCGGCUGGUUAUGCGCUGGGAAGAAGAAGCGCUGGGAAUCGGUCUAGUUCGUCAUCUACUUGGACCCGGCCUUCCUCGUCCAGAAGAUAUGAUGACCCUGGGGAGGGUAGCUCAGGAUCGCGCACCCCGCAAUUCUCCAGCAGCACUUCAAGUACCGGGUUUGGCUCAACACGCCGCAGGUAA